AUGAAUUCAAGUUACAGGGUCGUUGCUGUUGUCGCUGGAAAUAGUGAAGCCGUGGUGCUUGGCGGACUUAUCCCCGAUACUCAAUAUCAGUUGACUGUUGCUGCUAUUUGGAGUGGACGCAAAUAUAGAAGCCGUGCAAUUGUAUUUCGCACAUUAGGUGAGGAAGAAGAAUCGCCACGAACAUCUCCACAACAGGACUUUCCAAUGGAAGGCGUGAACGGACCACCACUGCCACCCUACACAAAUCCACAUUACAAAGAGGCCAAUCAUUCAACUAACUCAACCACACGAGCACUUCCAACGAUACGUGGCGUCGAAAUCGGAAUUGUAGUUUUAGUGCUGAUGGUGUGGGCUGGUGCAAUCGGUCUAUUCUUUAAUCGUUGGGGAAAGAUUCGAAUGCUUUUACCAUAUCAACCUGAUUACAAACAAGAUCAGCUUAAGGUGCCUGGUACCGGCGUGUGUGCUACGGGUGCUUGCAAUGGACAGCAUUCGCAUCAGCACAUUCAUCCGCACUGGUCCACCGAAGAGCCAUCAACUGUGAUAUCUGAACGUUGUCAACGUGCAAGAAUCAACUCAGCGAUAUUUGUGUCGAGUGAAGGUCGUGGUUUUGAUUCCAUUGAAUUUAUUAGACGAUAUGGAUCGCAAAGUGUUCUAUGUCGAAAAGCAAAAAGCGCUGAAAACAUUCCUUCAUCGAAUCAAACCCGUCGUUUUUCUGAAAAUCCUUCAAAUAAGAUUUGGGAGAGCGAAGAAUCGAGAUGUUCACCGAAAAGGGAAAAGAUUGAAAUGGUGGAAUGUCACAACGAACCAUUGACAUUGACGAUGACGCAUAAACUCACAAACAGUACAAACAAAACGUCCAAGAAGACGCUACUGGCAACACUCCCGACACUUUCAAUCAGCGGACCAUCACCAGCACCAUCACGAAAUCAAUCCCCAACAACACCACUAGAAGAAGAUGAGAAGCAAAAUUUCUUGUAGCUGCACGAGUCGCUCAACCUUUUUGUAAAUAUUAGAAGUGAUCUAAGUGAGUUGUUAGUAUAGCGAGAAAAAGAAUUAUUUAUUUAUUACGCAAAAGAAGAAAGAAGAAAAGGA